UAUUAUUAUUAAUUAUUUCUAUGCUCGAAUUCCUUAUUCCAAGGAAAAACUAAUUUCGCAACACACCCCCUCGCAGCAACGCGCGGCGCGCGCUAAAAUGAAAAAAAAAAACACUUAUUGCACCUAUGGUUUAUAAUUUUAAAAUUUUCAUCACUAAUACCUAUUUGUUUUCGAAAAUAAUUCUUUAAAACUGGAUAUUUUCCUUUGUAAAUUAAAAGUACUUAAUUAAGAUAGUAUAAAUUAUAGUUUUUUGUCUUAUUUCAAAGUAUAUUCUGUAAAUAUUUUUUUUCUUAUUGAGUUAGUUUAGUUUGUGUUUAUUAGGUCCCUAAGUACUAAUUGUAAAUAAAAAAAUACAAGAACAAAAUAUAAAAUGCCAAAACGCAAAAGUAAAACAAGAAUGAAGCAAGGAAAACAAUUGUAAGUACAUCUUCUCUCUUUGUAUCAGUUACGGUUUUUGUCAGUUAAGUUUUUCAAUCAUCAGCCCGUAAUCGACCACUGCUGGGCAUAGGCCUUUCCCAAGGAGCGCCACAACAGCCAGUCCUCGGCCAUCCUCACCCAGCCACUACCGGCCAGCGAGCCGGAGGGCGACCCACGCUACGUUUGCCUGUUCCUCCGUGAUUAUGAUGAUCGGUGAAACUGAUGAUGAAGUCCAGAGUUUACCUCUGAGAUAUAGUAAUUAAAGGCAAAUAUAACAUCAAAAGACAAAUAUAAUGUUAGUGACGUCCUCCAUUUAAUUAAUUUUAUUAUUUUAAGGAUGGAGAAAAAACAUGGCUGCCCAUCUACUGUGGCGGUAGCGCCUCGCCAAUCAGAAGAUGAAAAUGAUGAGUCGAAGAGGAGACGUAUUCAAAUUACAGCAACGUGUUCAACCUUUCCAUCAAAGCACGAAGAGCAUGAAAAUGUUAAGCAUUCGAAGUCACCGAGUCAAUUAUUAGAAGGCUCUACAAAUGAAGAAAAUAAUAUGUUACUGAAUUGUGAAGAAGACGACUUGGAUGAAGAACUUGUAAUUGAAAAAGAAAUAACGGAAAAAAUUAAAACACCUACAGGGAAGCGAAUUAUGGAUAUCGGCUUCUUUUUUGAGCAACUUAAGACUAUUGGUAGUCAUGGGGCAAUGAACUGUGGAAUUGAAUCCCUAGACCUAAUAGGAGAAAAACGAAUUGGAUUCCACUCUAAAUUUACUUUUCAAUGCAAAAUGUGCAAUCAAAAAUUUUGCAUAGAAAAUGUUUUAAACCAGUUCGACAUUAACGUUGCUGCGGUGGCAGGCACUGUAAGCAUCGGUUGUGGCUUUUCUCAACUAGAUGAAUUUUCUUCAGCUUUAGAUUUGCCCCCACUGUCGCAACAAAUAUACCAAAAGUACCAUGACGUUGUUUCUAACAACUGGGAAAAGGAACUGGCUAUAUCCAUGGCUGAAGCUGCUGCAGAAGAAAAGGCAAUAGCCAUUAAAGAAGGAAAGGUCAAUAAAGAUGGCAUACCGCUUAUUGAUGUCAUAACUGAUGGAUGCUGGAUGACUGAAGAUUUGAAUGGUCUAAGAGGUAUUACACUAUUUGUGAAGGUGCCCAUGCAUGGUGAAGAAUCUCCAAGAAGCUCUGUCGUUGGACGAGCGCAAGACGCCAUGUCGUUGGACGAAGCCUAA